CGCAGAUAAUUUGUUUAGGGCAAAGGUCAUAGAUAAUAUUAUCCGGAGGCAUAAAUAUGAAUGCCACACUUUCAAGUUAUUCAUCAUUCGUAAUCGUUUGCUCAACACGUCUUCCGCCUUCCGGAAACAUGAAAAAAAUAUUUUUCUUCAUUUGCUUCUUCAAUUUCUUGGCAUCGCUGUAUGCAACAGAAUCUGCGAAAUCAGGCUGUUCAGAAAAGGAAAAAGCUCUUGCAUUACUCGAAACAGCUGAAAAUUUCCUCACCAAAGCAAGAGACGAUUAUCCUUCUUGCAACAAAAAUGUGAAUUCUACAGAUCAAUGUGAUAAUGAAAAAUCUUUGGCCUACAUUAAAAUCUCAAAGAAGCUGAUUUCCGAUGUAAGAGAAGACUUUCCGUCAUGUUCCAAGCCUACUACAGACGACGAUCAAUGUGUCUUAAAAGAGGAGAAAUACAGCGACUGCUCUGAGCUUCUAGAAAAUGGGCGCAAUAAGAGCGGAAUUUACAUAUUAUGGCCGAGGGAGUUCCCCACGGAAAGACCAUUGAAAGCCUAUUGCGAUAUGGAAACAGAUGGUGGAGGAUGGACGGUGAUUCAAAGAAGAGGAACAUUUCCAUUUCAACUAGAUUUCAAUAAGGAUUGGGAACGCUACAAGAAUGGUUUCGGGAAAUUAACAGAAGAAUUUUGGUUAGGUAAUGAAAACAUACGUGUCUUGUGUCUUAGAGGGUGCAAAAUACGUUUUGAUCUCCAAGAUGGAGAAGGGGUUACGUUUUUCGCAGUUUAUGAGGACUUUAGCCUAUCAAGCACCAAUUACCGCAUUGAUAUCAGUGGCUACUCAGGAAAUGCAACUGACGCAAUGGGAAAGCAUAAUCAAUAUGAUUUUUCCACGAAAGAUAAAGAUGUGAGUGGGAAAUCUAAGCAAUAUCAAUCAGGAUGGUGGCAUGGAAAUUCCUACUAUACUAAUUUAAACGGUAUCUAUAAAUUAGGCAUGAGUGGCACACAGUACGUUUACUGGUGGAAAGGGGCCAAUGACUAUAAAAAUUUGGCAUCCGUGGAGAUAAAAGUGAAACCAAACUAAUCUGAAUCCGCAAUAUGUGAAAUUUGCAAGGCAUCUAUAUCUAUGUACAUCUUUAAUGUUAUUUUAUAAUAUAUUGCAGAUCAAAAAAAAAAAAUGUAUUGAAAUAGAAAAAAUAAUUAUAUUUUAAUAAAAGAGUUAAUUUUUUUUUCUUUAACGAUAAUCAAUAAAUAAGCUUCCUAUGCAGAAACUACAAUGCUUACGUACCGGGAUAACCUCUUUGGUAAGGCGUUCGAUGCGCAUCGUUUAGAUUGUGAGUUCGGACCACGCCGGCCGCAGACUCUCCGUGUGUGUGUGUGGUGGCUGGUGCUUGUAUAAAUCUGUCGUGGUCAAAAAGUCCUCCAUACCUAGAGUAAUACACUGGUUGAGAGGUGAUCGUUCUCUGAUUCAGAUCUAAAUUGUGAUCUGUGGGUAAGUGAAUGGAAUGCCUGAAUGAAGUCCGCCCGUAAAAACGGUACUGACGCAUGAAUAGCUAAGUCGUACUCUUGACCCUAGUUGGCGUCACUGAAAAAACAAGAACUAUACUGAAAUCGCUAGCUCACUAUGCUUAAAUCGCUAGCAUAUAACUGUCAGCUGGCUUGUAAAGUGUCGUAAGUCUCAACAACACAACAAUAAUGCUAGUUUUAGAUACACUGAGAAGGAAUUAAACUGUAGUCAUUGCAUUUGGAAGUAUCUUAACAAUUAUCAAAACCGAAUACCAAUUAUAUGCAGAAAUUAUUAUUAUUACUUUUAUAUUAUUAUUAUUAUUACUAUCAUUUACGACAAAUUAUUAUUAUCAUUCUGAAAGAUAAUUAGAAAUCGAAAAACAAGAGCGUGUGAUGUAAGACUUUUUCUGACAUGUAAACUUAGAUUAGAAAUAUUUCUCUUUCUUCUCAACAACGUAUGCAAUUCUCAAGUAAAUCAAAAAUGCAAAGUAAAGUGCGUCCGAAAGAAUAAGUUGAAAAGUCGUACUUGAACAGUUACACAUUAUUCCACAAGAGAAAGAAGAAAUUCUGUAAGCAAAACACAGCGGAAACUGACACAAAAACAGCGCUUGAAGGAAAUAAUAACAUUAACAUAAGCAGCAAAUCACUGAAGAAAUUACAAUUCAAUGGUGCUCAGAGAGCUUCGUUCGCGAUCGCUUUCCAAAGAUGGAAUUCGGCUGAAUUCAGUCGUUUUAGUCUCUCGCUUUUUGUAUAGAUUUGCCUUCAGCGAAAGAAUCUAGGAUCAGAAUCCCAGCAUAGAUAUUGUCUUACUUUCUUUACUUUCAAUAACCUUCAUUUUUUCAGCAGAAUUCGUUGCCAUGAUUUGGGUAAUUGAACUUCAUCUUUUCAGAAUCCAUUAAAAUAUUUACUGUUUUUUUUCUUUGAUGCGAAUUUCAAACAGAAGCAAUCUUACGGACACGUAAACUGUUCAAACUUCAAAAAUUCCAUGCUCCCGGGAAUUUCAGUAUAUAAAACUAUUAUUAGUUGUCUGGUAUUAAGCUAGCCGAUUAAUGCGAUGACUUCUGGUUUGGCGCUAAGCGAUGUCUAAAGACAGCAUUGUACAGUUUCUUGAUGAAAUAUUAUUUUAUUUCCGGUUCUGCGUCAGCGUUGAGUUUACAUGGAAUUUACACACAGACCUCCUCUUCCUCUUUACUGUUUAAAACUCAACAGAGA